UAAUGUGACAGUCAUACCGAGCUAUCGCAAAUGAAGAUUCAUUUAAGGAAAUCAUUCAAGCUGCUCGAGCUUGCAAACUAUGAAAAAGAUAAGCAGCAAAUAGUUUUUUUUUGUCAAAAUGGGAUAUUUUCGGUUGCUUAGAGAGCUUUGGAAAUUCGAAGGAGCUCGCAAGCAGGUGGAAAGUCUCCUAAUGGCCUGUCACAUGUUAAACGACUUGAAGUUUGAAAGUGAAAUAUCAAGACCCGUUGGUUCCUCAAUUAGUAAAUCAUACGUUGACGCCAAACAAUUACGCAAAGCGAGACAAACUACAAUGGAAACAUAUCCUUUAUAGACAAACCAGCGCGAUAACACCGUCAAUUGUUAGACUACCGAGGGACACAACACGAAAAAGAGAUGCAUAUUAUAUACAAACACAACCUUCAUCAACUCACACAUAUCACCAAAAGCUGCUCGUGAUGUCAUGGUGAACUCAUGGUCUUUAAAGACAUGUACAGACCAGUAAUGCUAUCGCAGUAGAAAUGGCUCUUUGAUUGAAUACUAGAGGGAAAAGGCAAGUGUGUGGAGGGCGACGGAGGGAAAUGAAUGCAUGACGCGUAGAUAAAUGGACACAUCAAGGUGAAAUUUAUCAGCGGACGCUGGGCCAACGCUGGGUGAUUCAUCAAAUAACAAAUAUACUAGAAGACGACGCGUGCUCUUCCAAAGGAAGAACAAACCAAGUGCGUUAUUGUGAAGUGCUGAUCCACCUGUCAUAACCAAAAGAGAUCGCUCCACGCCGCUUACACUAAACCUAAUUCCGGAUAACAAUUUACGACUAAUUGGAACAACACACAGAGUUCCGUGUCUCGCCAAACAACCCCUAAAAUAAAGGAUCGGAAUUGAGAUUGCACAAGCAAUCUUGAAGCCUCUGUUGAUUGUCAAAGCUGUUGUCCGACGGCAAAGAAUGCAAGGCACGAGUAAGUGUGACCCAAAUUACUUGGUUCUCAAAUAGGCGCAAUCUGAUUGGCGUGGGUGCAAGUGAGUACGUUUCGCGUCAGAGACAAGACCACGGUCGUGAAAUUACUCGUUCGCGUCACUCACUGGCUUAUAAAAUCGUGACUGCCACACUCAGGGCUAGUAACCAGAAGGCCGAGCACUCCAAUUGUAAUAGGAUACCAGUGGCUAGAGGACAGGCAAGAGCGGCUAUAUGAGGACAAUCCACACGAUAACAAAAAUGCGCACCCGGGCUUAGAAAAUAUAACCGAUAAACAAAGUAUUCUAACCGUUAUUGAAGCACCGUCUGGGAGCUCUGAAGCACGGGAAAGCGCAGUUAUUGGAGAAAGGAAGAGAGAGCGUGGGAAGGAAGUAACAGUUGCAUUUUUAGAAAGAGGGCCAAUUUGAGACUCGAGCGAGAAAGGAGUCAACAUGGUUUUGGGAAUGGAACUUCAUGAUGCCAUCCCUCUUGGAAUUCUCGGAUUUAUUAUCACACUUGAGAGCAUUGUAGUUUGUUAUAUGGUCUACAGAUACCGUAUUCUCAGAACUUUUACGAAUGGUUUCGUGGUGUCGCUCGCGCUAAGUGAUAUUCUCUUUGGCGCGGUUUUACUACCUGUGAAUAUAAACGAUCAGACGUCCAUAUACGUGGGAUACCUUAUGUCAAUUAUACUAAUGGCGAAUGUGACAAAUAUGUUUGCUGUAACUUUAGAUAGAUACCUUGCUGUGAUGAAACCUCUAAUCUACCACGUCAAAAUGUCUAAAUUCUUCUACAAGAUUUUAGCCUUUGCCUGGAUCGUCCCAAUCGGUGUAUCUUUGAUCCCCCUUGCUUAUGGGACUAAUGUUGACACGUUAGCGCAUCAGAUAUUCUUGUUUGGGAUCCUGAUAGUGGGAAUACUGAUCCCGUAUGUUCUGAUACUAGCGGCCUAUAUCAUGAUUUUUAAGGAAGUCUCCCGGCAAGUGAAAAACCUAGCCAAGAUGUGCACUUAUCAGAAUAAUCAUGAAGCCUUGAAAGAAGGAAAGAGGGUGUCCGGAGAAGCGAAAAUGGCGCGCGUCUUCGCUAUCAUUGCGGGUAUAUUUGUAUUGACUUGGCUACCUGUUGUUUAUAUGACCACCGUGCAGGCGAUUAAAAGGGUAGACCUAGCUCCACCAGCUUUGGUAACUGUAUCCUGGUAUACUCUAUGCCUUGGGGCCCUAACAAAUGCUCCAAUAUACGGACUCAUGAAAGCAGACUUCAGAAAAGUGUUUCAACGCAUGAUUAAAUUGAGAAAAUCGCGUUUCAAUUGCGCGGAGACUUCAAGCUCGCUUGUCCCACCAGCUACUCCGGCGGUAAAUCGCAACAACAAUGGGGGGUUACCGUAAUAGACGGUUUGGAGAGUGAUCACCUGAAAGGUCUCCUUAAAACGGUCAGCGUGGCUCCUCAUUGAACUCGCGCACGAUUCACGAUGAGACAUGGCAACAUUCAUCAAUUAACUCGUGGGCUGAAUUGAAAAAGCGGCGCGCGGGCGGUACGAGCUCCCGGUUACGGUUUAAUUUCGAAACGCAGUUGGAAAAGCCGCAAAUGGCAGGUGAACGAAUUUCUACCGCCUUAACGGGGAUCAGGCGGCUGAUUUUAAAAGCGAUAUCUGCGUAACUCGAGAAUCGUGGAUUUAACGGCAAAUCCAUGAAUUCAAGUAGCCGAGGAACUAUUAAUUGCUGAAAAGACAUAACGUGAAUGGCAAAUUCCGGGCCGAGAUUCUAAAGAUGUUGACAUAUUUCACUAUUCAUCGUUACAGACAGAGUAACGUGUUUUGUAUAGGUAGACUUCUAGAAGUUUUGAUCAAGACAUCAUCUUGGGGCUAAACACAGACACUAACUUGGCAAAACAUUGCAUAUUUAUGAGAGGCCUUUGUCAUCAUUUGAAUGUUAUCAUGGGGCCUAUGCAUGCCUUAAAAUCAAACCCGAUCCAAACACAAUUUUCCAGGGUACGAGCCGUAAGUGAGAUUUUUCUCUGAGGUGUAGCGGUAUGGAAGGAGAUUUUGUAAUAAAAUAACAGCGGGCGUAUGGUA